AGGAAGUUCACGUCGGCGCCCGCCAGCCAGACGCUCCGGUUCCUCAUACGUGAGCUUCUACCUACUUCCAUCCGAAGCAUUCGUCGCGUUGGUCGCAUUGGUGGCGUUGGUCACAUCACAGACCACACGCUGAAGUUGGUCCAGAGAAGUUCCUGAGCUUUCCCGGAGGGUAGAGAGUGGUUGUAGCGAACCACGUGCCGAAAACUUUAGAAGGAAGUACGUAAAGGAUGGCUGAAGUUGAAGUUAAUGGUGCUGUGAAGAAGGAACAAGAAGAGAAGUCUGAAGUUUCACCUAAAAAAAUAAGCAACGAUAUAGAAAUGGAAGAAAAAUCAACAGCUGAGGCAGAGCCAGUGGCAAUUAAAACAGAAGACUCCAAAGAAGCCAGUAAUGCUAAAACAGAAGACCCAACAGAAGUCAAUAAUGUUAAAACAGAAGACAUCAAGGAAGCCAGUAAUUUAGAGAAACAGAUAAUCAGACAAAUUGAAUACUACUUUGGUGACAUCAACUUGCCAAGAGACAAGUUCCUUCAAGAUCAGAUUAAAUUGGAUGAUGGUUGGAUUCCUCUGGAAAUUAUGCUGAAAUUUCAAAGAUUAGCAAACUUGAGCAAAGAUUUGGAUGUUAUUGUAACAGCAAUUAGCAAGUCUGACAAUGGCUUGAUCGAGGUUAGUGAAGAUAAGAAAAAGAUCAGGCGAAGUCCAGACAAAGUACUUCCUCAGCAGACAGAGGAAAGAAAAAAGGAGUUGAUGUCUCAGACAGUCUAUUGUAAAGGAUUUCCUCAAGACUCUUCACUGGACAAUCUGCUAGAGUAUUUUCAGAAAUAUGGGAAAGUGGAUUCUGUCAUUAUGAGAUACUAUCAUGACAAGAAGACAAAAUCUUCCAAUUUCAAGGGAUCUGCCUUCAUUAUAUUUUCAACCAGAGAAAAGGCAGAAGAGUUCUUAAAGAUGGAAGAAGUAAAGUAUGGAGAAACUCCCCUUUUAAGGCUAUGGCAAGCCGACUACUUGGAAAAGAAAAAAUCUGAACGAAAACCGAAGCCACAGAAGGAAGGAGUCAAACAGGAAGAGCAGGAACAAGAGGCUAAAAGUUUUCCAAGAGGUACAGUGUUGCACCUUAAAGGCAACUUCGGAAAUAUUGAAAGGGAGGCAUUGAAGGCAGUGCUGGAGGAAAAGGGAGAUAAAGUUGCAUUUAUUAAUUACACUAAAGGUGAAGAAGAAGGCUGGGUUCGAAUGCAAGAGGAAAAUGCUGCAAAAUCGCUUGUAGAGAAGCUAGAAGACAAUAAAUUGGUGCUGGAAGAAGGUUCUGUAGAAGUUCGUAUAGUAGAGGGAGAAGAGGAAGAGACUUUCCUGAAGGAUGCCAUGUCGGAAAUGUUAAAACGACGGAAUGCUGCAAGGCAAAACUUUAGAGGAAGAAGAGGAGGUCGUGGAGGCGGCCGUGGUGGAAGAGGUGGCUACAACCAAAACAGGAAGAGAAAGGCAGACAAUGCAGGAGAUGGCCCUCCUGCAAAAGAAGUUAAAUCAUAGCCUAUCUCAUAUAUUCGACAGGAGUGUCCCACUUGUCUUUUGACGUAUGGCAAACAUUAGCCUGGUGCAAGAUAAAACUAAUACAGAUGGUUAACUGAGCUAUUGCUCACAGCCAUUAUUUUUUUUUUUUAUGUCAUUGAGUAAAUGCUUAAUUGUACCACAAGCAAUGUCUUGUAUAAAUAUGGAUAGUAGACUUUUUUUGUUUGUGAAAUAAGAUAGGUAACAUUUAUCAGUGAAAGCGUGAAUGUGAUUGUUGACUAGUGUGUGUAAAAGUUGUAUUGUUAUUUCGUAUGCAAUCUUGUGUAUUUAAUGAAAAGCUUAGUGCAUAAAUUUAUAUAAAAGCUUCGUAAUCUCUCACGUAUGUGACUUAAUAGGAUAAUUGUAUCUUACUGUUGUCACAAUGAAUCCAGCUUUCCAUGAUCCAAAUGAACUGUUAUUGUUGCAUUUUGGUUAAACAUCUACAGAUUUCUGAAAUUCAUGGAGCUUGAUUUAUGAUAUAAUAAAAAUGACAUUUUCUAAUGUCUUGUGUUAUUUCAGUAUUUCUUGUAUGUGAAUAUUUGAUGAACAAUCAGUAAGUUUUUUUUUCUUUCUUGAAUACCAAGAUGUUCAAUCAGAAUCAGCCAACUACUGUGAAUAAUUUAACCAAAAUUUUUGGGCAUAUUUCAAAGAAUUUUGCCUUUUUUUUAACACAUGUAAGUUUUUCACAGAGAAUUUCUGACUGAAUCAUACUACUAUAAUAAAUUCAGCAUACACUGAUACCUCCAGUUAUUUUGAAGGUAUAUUGAUGAAGAUGAUAGUUUCUUACACAUUUUAGUCACUCAAAGAUCUAAAAUUGUUUGUACUUGUUUACAAGGCAGCUCAUUAUCAUAGCAACUUUUCUCAUGCUCACUUUUUCUGAAGAAAACACAAUGUACAUUUUAGGAGAUAUCAACCUUAAAACUAUCAAACCAUGUAAAUUGUUGACCAGUCAUUUUUGUGCCAUUAAUCAAGAUGUGGGGAGGAAACAAAGAUUGUCCAACAGCAUCAACUGAAGCUUGAUAAUUUUCAAAAUAUAAAUUUACUGUGACUUACAACAUUAAAAGAAUACACAUUAUGGGAACUCUCGAACAUAGUGGACAUGCUCAAUAUUUGCAAAGGAAGGUGCUUGUUGUGCUCUUAACUUCACAGCUAACUGAAAAGUAUGUCCAUUUUGAUACUGUGUCCUUACAAUUCUAAAUUUUUCACCAAUAAAUUAA